UUAACCUGAAAAUUUUGUAGUGUCGCGGUGAAUUCAAAAUUAAAACGUGAAAAACACAAUAAAAUCAUAUAAAAAUCAAAUAAAUAUAUGUGAAAAUUUUGUGAAUUUCGGUGGAAUAACCGUUAAAUAUUUGAAAAUAGAAAUGGUGGGAAGAAAUCCAAUGCCGAACCGGUUGUUGUAAUACAAUGAGCGAACUGAUGAACCUCUCAUCGGCACGUUUAGCACAUUUUUCCUAAAACCACCAGCCAUUUGUCAAUCGUCAUUCGUCCACUGUGUGUCUGUGUGUCGUCCAAACAAAAAAAAAACGUCGUUAUCAACACGUUUUCGUAUUCAUUUCUAUAAAAACACAAAAACCCAACAAAAACCAUGGCUGAUGAGAACCGCAUUCGUUCGUUCAAAAACAAAGGAAAAGACACUGAAGAAAUGCGGCGUCGUCGUAUUGGUCAAACCGUCGAACUCCGCAAGGCACGCAAAGACGAUCAACUCCUCAAGCGUCGCAACAUCACCUCUGUAGACGAGCCGACAUCACCACUGCAAGAAAACAAUGCCGCAUCACCGGGCGCAAUGUCCGCCGAGGAGAUCCUGCAGGGUAUGAUGCAUGCCGACGAAGCCAUCCAGCUAAAAGCAACGCAAGCAUGCCGGAAAAUGCUCAGCCGCGAGCGCAAUCCGCCGAUUGAUCAAAUGAUUCGCCUUGGUGUCGUGCCUAGAUGUGUGCACUUCCUUUCAAAACCACACAAUCCUUCGCUGCAGUUUGAAGCAUGCUGGGCUUUAACCAACAUAGCAUCAGGCACAUCUGAACAAACCCAGGCUGUCGUACAAGAAGGAGCCCUACCCAGCCUGAAACAAUUACUUGUUUCACCACGUCCAGAGGUCGCUGAGCAAGCAGUCUGGGCGAUUGGUAACAUUGCUGGUGAUGGACCAAUCACGCGUGAUCUUGUCCUCCAAUGUGACGUCCUACCCUUACUCUUGAGUUUAAUCACGGCUGAUACACCAAUCAGCUUGCUGCGUAACAUUGUCUGGUCCAUCUCGAAUCUCUGCCGGAAUAAAACCCCGCCGGUGAACUUCCAAAGCGUGAAAUCAUGUCUGCCUACCCUGGCAAAACUCCUACAUCAUACCGAUAAGGAUGUCUUGGCUGACACAUGCUGGGCGUUGAGUUAUCUCACCGAUGGUACAAAUGAGAAGAUUCAAGCUGUGUUGGAAACUGGGCUGGUCCCGCGUUUGGUGCAGUUGUUAAAUUGUAAAGAAAUUAAUGUUUUAACACCGGCAUUACGUACUGUGGGUAAUAUUGUAACAGGAAAUGAUGUGCAGACUGAUGCGAUCAUUCAGGCGGGUGCUUUGUUAUCUCUGGGUCCAUUAUUGAAGUUCACCAGGUUGAAUAUUGUCAAGGAGGCAGCCUGGACGAUUAGUAACAUCACAGCUGGAAAUUCCGAGCAGAUUCAGAAGGUUUUAGACGCUGGGAUUAUGGAUCCACUCUUGGAUGUCUUACAGACGGGUGAUUUUAAGUCGCAGAAGGAAGCUGCGUGGGCUGUGACUAAUUAUACUUCCGGUGGUACUGUUCAGCAGUUGGGAAGGCUCGUGGAGAUGGGCGCGAUGAAACCCAUGUGUAAUUUGUUGAAUAGUAAGGAAUGGAAGACAGUGUGUGUGAUUCUUGAUGGUUUGAAUAAUAUUCUGAGUGCGGCGGCUAAGUUAGGCGAAGCAGAAAAGGUGGCGAUUAUCAUCGAAGAAUGCGGUGGUUUGGAUUGUUUGGAAGCGCUGCAAUCGCAUGAUAAUGAAAAGGUGUAUGAGAAAGCCUUGCAUCUUAUUGAGACUUAUUUCUCGGAAGCUCCGAUUGAUGAGGCGCAACAGCCGCAUACGAAUGAGCAAGGCCAGAUUUCGUUCAAUCCCAACGCGCCGCAAAUGCCCAGCGGUGGCUUUUCUUUCUAGAAAGCUUUAUAUCACAUUCUCAAUUUGUCAAUUCCCUAAAUUCUAAAUUUUUAUCGUGAUUUUUUGUAAUAUCAUCAAUGUCGUUAACUGUUAAUUAUUAAUUAAACACUUUUCUAAUA